GCCGCCCGUCGGGACGGCAGUCGAGGCGCACGGCGGGGCACCAUGGCCGCGUGGGGCGAGCGGCUGGCCGGCGUGCGUGGGGUGCUUCUGGACAUCUCGGGUGUGCUGUACGACGGCGGCGCGGGCGGCGGCGCGCCGAUCGCCGGCUCCGUGGAGGCUGUGGCGAGGCUAAAGCAGUCUCAGCUGAAGGUGAGAUUCUGUACCAAUGAGUCACAGAAGUCCCGGGAAGAGCUGGUGAGGCUGCUUCGGCGCCUGGGAUUUGACAUCUCGGAGGGAGAGGUGACUGCCCCAGCACCGGCUGCCUGCCAGAUCCUGAAGGAGCGAGGCCUGCGGCCACACCUGCUCAUCCAUGAUGGACUCCGCUCAGAAUUUGAUCAGAUCGAUGUGUCCAAUCCAAACUGUGUCGUACUUGCAGAUGCAGGAGAAGGCCUUUCUUAUCAGAACAUGAAUAAAGCCUUCCAGGUGCUCAUGGAGCUGGAAAAGCCUGUGCUCGUAUCACUGGGAAAAGGGCGCUAUUACAAGGAGACCUCUGGCCUGAUGCUGGACGUUGGUGCCUACAUGAAGGCGCUCGAGUAUGCCUGUGGCAUCAAAGCUGAAGUGGUGGGGAAACCUUCUCCUGAGUUUUUCAAGUCUGCCCUGCAAGCAAUGGGGCUGGAAGCCCACCAGGCCAUCAUGAUUGGGGACGACAUCGUGGUUGACGUCGGCGGUGCCCAGCGGUGUGGGAUGCGAGCGCUGCAGGUGCGGACCGGGAAGUUCAGGCCCGGUGAUGAGCACCAUCCAGAAGUGAAGGCUGAUGGGUACGUGGACAACCUCGCGGAGGCUGUGGACCUGUUGCUGCAGCACGCAGACAAGUGACGGGCCUUCUGGGAGGGCCCCAGCCUCCUUCCAGCCCUGCUUCUCCACCCACCCCAGUUCCCAGACCACCAAGGCCCUGGAAGCCCCGCCCCCUGCCCUCUUCUUGAACCUGCAGGCGAGGGCAGUUCUGGGCCACCUUGCCCCUAGACCUGAGCCAGCCAGCCCCUUCCUCUGCCUCCCCCUCCCCAGUCAUGUCCCCCCAGCCUCUGGGCAGAGGUCUGUUCCCUACUGGGUGGCUUGCCCCCUGAAUGGGCCCUGACCAUGGCUCCCUGGAGUGAAGUUCAUGAGGAUAGGACAGACCUCCAGAGAAUGAAAACUCUCUGGGCCUGGGCUAGAAGGCUGCCUCUGUGAAUGUCCCAAAUCCCCGAGUUUCUUCACUCUGUAUUUGCACCUGGUUCUUGAAAUGCAGUAAGCCCCACCUAAUCAGAUUCAAGCAUUUUAUCUACUGCCCCUUCAUCAUGCCCCCAUUGCAUUUAAGUGAUGAGUCUGGAGAAAAUGCAGGGGCCUCCCUGCACAGAUCAUGCAGCCCAAAGCCAAGUCAGCCUCCCUGGGUCUGCCCACUGACCCUUGCCCACCACCCAGUCCACACACCCCACCCAAUGUCAAAGUGACCCAUUAGCACUGCCCCCACUCCAAACAAUGCCAGCCCAAUGCUACUUUCCCUGUCCUGUCACUUUUGCAGACAAAGGCUGGGGGGCAGGUUCUGGGGGCACUUUGAAGACUACUGUCCUAUGGAGCAAGGAUUUUAACCUCUGCUAUCAAGGUUGAAAGCACAGAGGGUAUACUUUCUGGAGCCAUAACUGGAUAGACUUGAAUGUGUCAUGUAAUGUGUACAGUAGGAAACUAAAGGUUCAAUAAACCCUGCCUUGAACAGUA